AUGGGUCUACCAAGUGUCGCAAUAUGGCGGAAAAUGUCUGGAAAAGCUGUACUCCUUCUUGCAAACACCUUUUGUUUCGUUUCUCUCGUAUACGAAGGCUGCAACCAAGCUGUCAUGGGCAACGUCAGUGCGCAGCCGAAUUUCGUCAAUAUCAUGGGACUUGGAGAGAAUGGAAUAAUUACUCGACCCAUCAAGCAAGGUGGUCUUAUAUGUAUUUAUUAUUUUGCGGCCAUGUUUGGCUGUUUCUUGGGAGGCUGGACCGGUGACCGACUUGGAAGAAGACGAGGUGUCUUUAUCGGUGGACUGUUUUGUUUCCUCGGAGGAGCUCUCCAGACAGGAGGUAUGAAUGCCAAUAUGUUCAUCUGUGCUCGUGUAAUAUCUGGAAUCGGCAUCGGCUUCAUCAACUCGAUCACAUGUUCUUGGAUCUCCGAGCUGGCUAAGUCGCACAAUCGAGGGUUUACCUUUGCAGUUGUCUUCUCAGCGAAUUAUCUCGGUCUCAUGCUUAUCAAUUGGAUUUUAUACGCGAUCGAAGACUGGAACAGCCCUGGAUUGAUCUGGCGCUUCCCUCUUGGAUGUGUCUGCGCUCCAUCCAUCUUUCUCAUCUGCGCAGUCUGGUUCGUUCCCGAGUCUCCACGAUGGCUGGUUGGUCAAGGCCAGGCAGGGGAGGCCCGAGAGAUUCUUGCCAAAGUUAGAGGCGACCUUUCCCUGGAUGACCCAUCCUUGGAGAGUGAGAUGAGAGAGUUGAUUGCAAUGGUCGAGACGUCCCACAAGAGGAGAAACAAUCUUCUUAAUAUCUGGCUUGGGGGUCGCCACUCUGGUCGUCUUCACCUGGGUCGACGUGCAGUGCUCGCUUGGGCUGCAUUGUUCUUGAUGAUGUACACUGGUAUCAUGGCAAUGGCAACAUACGCUGGUGCUCUGUUUAAAGCAUCUGGUGCUUCUCCAGAAAAGAUUGGAUGGAUGGCGGGACUGUUGCAAACAUUCGGCUUCAUCGGAACUCUUGCUGGCGCUCCUAUCAUCGAUCGAUUCGGGCGGAGGGCGACAUUCCUAGCUGGAUUAAUCAUUCAAAUGAUCGUCCUGUUCCUCUCGGCAGCUUUUGCGAAGAAAUCUGGUGAUACAACCGGGUCUGUUUCAGAAUCAUGGGGUUCUGCCGCUGCUUCAAUGGUGUACAUCUAUCAAUUUGUAUUCUGUUCCACUACCUUGGUUGCCGCCUGGGUGUAUCCGACAGAGAUCUGGCCACAAGAGAUCCGUGCAAAAGGUAAUGCUUUCGGAAUCCUUGGCUGGGCCAUGGGCGCUGGGUCCACAACUCUCGCUUUGCCCAGCAUGUUUGAUUCCCUUGGUUGGAAGACUUUGUUGGUAUUUGCAUGCUUCAAUGUUGCUACUCUACCAUUGAUUUAUUACUUCUUCCCAGAAACUGCAAAUCGUUCGCUGGAAGAGGUCAACCUCCUUUUCAGUCUCAACAAUCCGUUGGUGUCUGCCAAUGAGGCUGAGUACCACAAAAUGCUGGCUGAAGCCAAUGGAAAUGCUGCUGUCGCUGAAAGGCGUCUACUUGAUCUUGUCGAUGAGUCGACUGGAGAAAAGAGUGUUGGUGCUAUUACUGUGCACGGCCAUCAAGGGAUCAGCGAGGAGAAGGGGGCAUAUCAUUGGGAAACAGGCAAGGAGGUAUCGUCGAAUGGGUCAAGCAGUGAUUGA